UCUGCAGACUCCGUAAAAGCUGAGCGGUUUCUGGCAGCUGGAAAAGGAAACGUUUUACACUAUUGGGGAUAGAGGGUUUCAGAGAGACAGCUAUCCCCAUGUCAGUCAAUGUUAAGAAGAAUUAACUCAAGAUUAUUGAACCAAGAUAGCAGAGUCGGCUGCAAAGCAAUUAUUUUGGGAUUAAAUACCGCAUCUGUUGGACCCUGAGGAAUGAUGGAGACGUCGCUACCCAAAGCGCCACAGAAAAGGCAAGUGACCGCCAUUAUUAUCCUAUUACUAUUGUGGGAGGCGGGCGGUGCGACCAUUAAGUAUUCUGUUCUAGAAGAGAGGAACAGCGGCUCUUUUGUGGCCAACAUAGCAAAAGAUCUGGGGCUGGGCAUAGGGGAGCUGGCCGCGCGGGGCGCCCAGAUUCUUUCCAAAGGGAAUAAACAGCAUUUGCAGCUCGAGCAGAAGAGUGGAAGUUUGCUCCAAGAAAAAAAAUUGGACCGGGAAGAGUUGUGCGGUGACACAGAUCCAUGCAUACUGCGUUUCCAGGUGUUACUGAAAAAUCCGGUGCAGUUUAUUCAAGGUGAACUACAGCUCCUAGAUGUAAAUGACCAUGCCCCAGAAUUCUCGGAAAAUGAAAUCCUCCUGAAAAUCCCGGAAAGCAGCCAUCCGGGGACUGCAUUUCCUUUGAAACUAGCUGAAGAUUUAGACGUAGGCAGCAACACAGUUCAGAACUACACAAUUAGCACCAACUCCCAUUUCCACCUUUUCACUCGGAAUCACAGCGAUGGCAGGAAAUACCCGGAGCUGGUGCUGGACAAAGCGCUGGACCGUGAGGAGCAGCCGGAGCUCAGGUUAACCCUCACGGCGCUGGAUGGCGGGUCACCGCCCAGGACUGGGACUUCCCAGGUUCUCAUCAUAGUCCUGGACAUAAAUGACAAUGCCCCUGAAUUUGCUCAGCUGCUCUACGAGGUGCAGGUCCCAGAGAACAGCCCCAUAGGCUCCCUUGUCAUCACCGUCUUCGCUAGAGAUUUAGAUGCUGGGAUCUACGGAGAGCUCUCCUACUCAUUUUUCCAAUCAUUAAAUCAAGUCGUUCAGGCCUUUGAAAUAAACGCCGUCACGGGAGAAAUUCGAUUAAUAAAAAUGUUGGAUUUUGAGGAAAUUCAAUCUUACCAUAUGGAAAUUGAGGCCUCAGACGGUGGGGGUCUUUCAGGAAAAUGCACCGUAGCCAUAGAAGUGCUGGAUGUAAACGACAACACCCCCGAACUGACCAUGUCAUUACUCAUCAGCGAUGUCCCAGAAAACACCCCUGACACUGUGGUCGCUAUUUUCGGAAUUUCAGAUCCAGACUCCGGAGACAAUGGCAAAAUGAUGUGCUCCAUCCAAGACCAUCUCCCCUUCCUUCUAAAACUUACUGUAGAAAAUUUCUACACUCUGGUAACAGAAGGAGCGCUGGACAGAGAGAAACGAGCCGAGUACAACAUCACCAUCACCGUCACCGACAUGGGAUCCCCCAGGCUGAAAACUCAGCACAACAUAACCGUGCUGGUCUCCGACGUCAAUGACAACGCCCCCGCCUUCACCCAAACCUCCUACACCCUGCGGGUCCGCGAGAACAACAGCCCCGCCCUGCACAUCGGCAGCGUCAGCGCCACAGACGCAGACGCGGGCGCCAACGCCCAGGUCACCUACUCGCUGCUGCCGCCCCACGACCCGCGCCUGCCCCUCGCCUCCCUCGUGUCCAUCAACGCGGACAACGGGCACCUGUUCGCCCUGCGGUCCCUGGACUACGAGGCCCUGCAGGCCUUCGAGUUCGGCGUGGGCGCCACAGACCGAGGCUCGCCGGCGCGGAGCAGCCAGGCGCUGGUGCGCGUGCUGGUGCUGGACGACAACGACAACUCGCCCUUCGUGCUCUACCCGCUGCAGAACGGCUCGGCGCCCUGCACCGAGCUGGUGCCCAGGGCGGCCGAGGCGGGCUACCUGGUGAGCAAGGUGGUGGCGGUGGACGGCGACUCGGGCCAGAACGCCUGGCUGUCGUACCAGCUGCUCAAGGCCACGGAGCCCGGGCUGUUCGGCGUGUGGGCGCACAACGGCGAGGUGCGCACGGCCAGGCCGCCGAGCGAGCGCGACGCGCCCAAGCACAGGCUGCUGGUGCUGGUCAAGGACAACGGCGAGCCGCCGCGCUCGGCCAGCGUCACGCUGCACGUGCUGCUGGUGGACGGCUUCUCGCAGCCCUACCUGCCGCUGCCGGAGGCGGCGGCCGAGCAGGCGCAGGCCGACCCGCUCACCGUCUACUUGGUCAUCGCCCUGGCCGCGGUGUCGUCGCUCUUCCUCUUCUCGGUGCUCGCGUUCAUCGCGGUGCGGCUGUGCGGGAGGAGCAGGGCCGCCUCGCUGGGUCGCUGUUCGGUGGCUGAGGGCCACUUUCCGGGCCACCUGGUGGACGUCGGCGGUACUGGGACCCUGUCCCAGAGCCACCAGUAUGAGGUGUGUCUGAGGGGAGGUACUGGGACCAGCGAGUUCAAGUUUCUCAAACCGGUAGUCCCCAUCUUCACGGGUGAAGGAGCUGGUGGGGACACUGAGGAAAACUCUAACUUCAGAAAUCAUUUUCGGUUCAAUUAGCAAUCUCACCUUGACAAGAGGUGAUAAAUGCUAAUAUUCACUGAUGUAUUAGUUCCCAACCCUUUCAUUCACAUAAAGAGCUUACAUAUUCACACAUUCAUAAUUAUUGUCAUAUUUAUAGUUAUUUCAACCUGUUGAAGUAUUUUACAUUCUGAAUCCCUAGGUGUUUUGUUGUUAUUAUUGUUGUUUUUAGCCAUCUCAUGUUUUGCAUGUUCACAUAAUACGGAGAAAUAGUGUUUCUCAGGUUUUUGGGGGUCAGAUUUUUGGAAGUCACAAAUGUUUUCAGGUUUCUGAUUUGAGCUUGUUCAUUAAUAUCUUGUUAUGAUUAAGAGAAUUGUGUUUUAUGAUUAUCAUCAGCAUGAGUCUAACUAUUGUAAAUGAUGGCUUUCAGUUAAAAAUAAU